UGGAGACAUGUGCUCCUCCGUCAGAACAACCAUGGCCGCACGUCAAGCAAUCAAAGAAGCUCCAGCCUGGUAUAGAGUUCUCCAGCAGUGGUUUUACAAUCGGUCUUAUUUUAACCAACUUGGUUUGAUGCGAGAUGACGUGCGACGAGAAAGUGAGGAUGUGAAGGAGGCCAUCCGGCGCCUGCCCAAGGACAUCUACGAUGCACGGAACUUUCGUCUUAUUCGUGCAUUGAAUCUUAGUAACAAGAAAAUCGUGUUGCCGAAAGAGGAGUGGACACAGCUUCAAGAUGAUGUCCAGUAUUUGAAACCCUAUAUUGAAGAAGUGAUUAAAGAGAGGAAAGAACGUCAGCUAUGGAACAGUAAAUAAUGGCAUCAACUUCUAGCUAUUGAAUAUUUAGGAAAAAUUGUACAGAAUAAAGUAAUACCAACUAUUA